AUCAUAUGGAGAGCCAAAACCAGCUUCCAUCUACACAAUUUUUGGUUAAAGGCACCAGCUUCUUAAGAACUUGUAUCAAUGGAAUCAAUGCAUUAUCAGGUGUGGGAAUAUUAUCAAUUCCUUUUGCCCUUUCUCAAGGAGGUUGGGUGAGCUUGAUUCUUCUAUUGAUGGUAUCAAUUAUUUGUUGCUACACAGCUUCACUUUUAACGCAUUGUAUGGAUGCAAAUCCAUUAAUGGUGAGGAGUUAUCCUGAUAUUGGUGGAUUGGCAUUUGGGUACAAAGGAAGAAUAUUGGUAUCAGUAUUUGUUUACUUGGAAUUAUACUUGGUGGCUGUUGAGUUCUUGAUAUUAGAAGGUGAUAAUCUUGAGAAGCUAUUUCCAAGUAGUAGUCCAUUAUUUGGUUUGAAAAUUGGGAGUUUAGAUCAAGUUGAUCAUGAAAGGAUGAUGAACUACAAGAAGAUGUAUAUGAUAUUAAGCGCUGUUUUGAUAUUACCAACAACGUGGGUGAAGAAUUUGGGAUCAUUGGCUUAUGUUUCUUUUGGUGGUGUUUUGGCUUCUAUCGUUUUGGUUUUGUGUGUUGGUUGGAUUGGUGCAACUGAUCAUGGUUUUGGGUUUAACCAAAGAUCAUAUAACGAUCAUCAUCGAGUUUUGAACUUGCAUGGAUUGCCUACAACUAUAAGUUUGUUUGUGUUUUGUUAUUGUGGACAUUCUGUCUUUCCUAUGCUUUGCAAUUCGAUGAAGAAUAGAACACAAUUUUCCAAGGUUCUAAUAGUUUGCUUUGUGGCGAGCACGUUGAGUUAUGGUUCGAUGGGUGUUUUAGGUUACUACAUGUAUGGAGAUGACAUAAAAUCACAAGUAACAUUAAACCUUCCAGUUAACAAAAUCAGCACAAAGUUAGCAAUUUACACAACCCUAAUAAAUCCGAUUACCAAAUAUGCAGCCAUAACAAACCCAAUUGCUAUUGCCAUUGAAGAUUCAAUAUCUCCUAAUUAUUUCUUCAUUACUCAAAAAAUAGCCAUUCUCAUAAGAACUUUACUUCUCAUUACAACCCUUAUUCUUGCUUUAUUCAUUCCAUUCUUUGCUUAUGUUAUGGCUUUUACAGGUUCUUUUUUAAGUGUCACCACUUCCAUUCUUAUCCCUUGUUUAUGCUAUCUCAAGAUCAACAAGUCUGCUCGUCAAUUUGGAUGGGAAUUGAUUCUCAUUGUAGCAAUUUUAGUUUUGGGGGUUUUUGUUGGUGUCUUAGGUACCUGUUCUUCUAUAAAUCAAAUUGUAAAACGUCUGUCAUGAUCGAGAUUGAUCAUGUGUAAUUUUAAGGUCAAAUAUAAUUGUAAUUGGGGUAAGAUCAAUCUUAUUAGAAUUUGAUAUGCUGUGUAAUUGUUUGGUGAUCAAUUUUUUCAAAGAGUGUUUAUAGGACUUUCUGUAAGAGCAAAAUGAUCAAUGAACUUCCAUUAUUGUUGUGUUGUGUUCCA